AUGCAUGUCAAGAUCGAAAUCCUGUUUAUAUUAAACUACAAGUACCUGAAAUUACUGCCAAUAUUAAUGAACAAAGUUUAACUCAAUUCGAUGAUUCAUCUUUUACUAAUGCAACACAAUCAUUGGUAUUCGAAAGCCAAAGCUCUCUUUCGUAUUAUAUUAAACAUACCUUAAAAUAUAAAGGCGAAAUAUCAUUACUAUGGUUACUUGGCUUUACUAAUACUGAAAAUAUUCAAUUUUUACAUGGAAAUAUUGGAAGCUAUUUUACAACCAUUUUUAAUAUAGAAAACCAAUUUUAUCAAGAAGAAAAAGAGAUAACACGAUUAAUAAAUCUGGGAAAACGAGUGGCUAAUUCUAAUAAUUAUGAUCAACAAAGUUUUAAAAAAAGGGCAACUCAGUUAAAAAAUGAAAAUUGGAAAAGUAUACAACAAAUUAUUCACGGUUUGGGGCAAAAAUUAAAAAAUACUACUUCUGAAUUACAAAACACAUGCAAAAGAUUAUACCGAUCACAGAAAAAAGCUUUAACUUUACAAGAGCUGUUAGAAAAAGAAUCUGAUUCAUCAAGAUAUAUUAUAAUUUAA